ACAGUCAACAAUAUGAAGGCUAUUAUCAUCGCUUUGGCUAUUUUUGGAGUUGCAACUGCAAGUCGUGACCGUCGUGGUGCGAUUUGGGGUGACCACGGAGUAUAUGGUGCACAUGGAUACUACGCCGGUCAUCAUGGACUUUACGGCGCUCAUGGAGUUGCUCUCGCUGGUCACUCCGUAGGACAUGCAAGUGUUGCUGGACCCCAUGUAGGAGCUUCCGCUCUGGCUGGUCCAACUAUUGGACCAUCUCACCUUGCAGGGUCCGUUGCCGGGCCUGUCCAUGUCUCUGGUGCCGUCGCUGGACCUGCGACUGUCACUGCUUCUGUUGCCGGACCUGCCCAUGUUGAAGGUUAUGACGGACACUACGACGGUGCUUACGGAUACGGUGGAUUUGGACACGGUGGAUUUGGACACGGAUUUGGACAUGCUGGUUAUGGUUACGGCCAUGGCGCCCAUGCUGGUCACGGUGUCGUAGUUGUCGGUCCAGCUCACCACGGAUCCAUCCACGCUGGAUACGGCACCCACGGAGCUGUUUUGGCUGGUCCCCAUGCCCAUGGCGCUGUUUUGGCUGGUCCCCAUGCCCACGGAGCCGUUAUCGCUGGACCUCACUCCGGUACCGCCGCAGUGUCUGGGCCUCAUGCCGGUGACGUUGUCAUCGCAGGACCAUCUGGAAAAAUCACAGCCCAUGGUGCUGGUCACGGUGCCGCGAUCCAUACCGGUCACGGUCACGGCCACCAUUGGUAA